AUGGCUUCUAAACAAAUGUAUGUUGUCCUUGCGGUUAUGGUUGUUAUCCUUCCAUCAGUCGCUUUGGCCACAGAAUAUGUGGUCGGCGAUGAUAAGGGGUGGACCCCCAACUUCGAUUAUCAAACCUGGGCUGCGGGCAAGGAUUUCACGGUCGGAGAUAACCUUGUUUUUAAAUAUGAUGCCGCAUUUCACGACGUCUUCAAGGUUAAUGGGACUGCCUUCAAGGACUGCAUUAUUCCCCCAGCCAACGAGUCUCUCAACACCGGAAAUGACAUAAUUACCCUUGUAACCCCCGGCAGGAAGUGGUACAUCUGUGGAAAGAGCGAUCACUGUGCGAAAGGAGGCCAGAAGCUUGCGAUCACCGUCUCAGACUCGCUAGCUCCAGCUUCCCCACCACAAUGGCGCCCAGAGGCUGAAGCGCCUAACUCGGCGAACGGGAUCGUGGCAGCUGGAUAUCAGGCAUUGAUGGUUGGCAUAGCCGCCAUUGUGUUGAUGAUCAUGGUUUGA